GACUUUAGUCUUUAGUUUAUGGUAGAUCGCCGCUUGUGACAGUUCGCGAGUGAAAAAUUGAAAAUUAUGAAGUAAAAUAUUUUCUAAAAUUAUUGUGUUUAAAUGACAGCAGGAAAAGAAACAAUGGGUGAACAGCCGAUAUUCACGUGCAAAGCCCACGUGUUCCACAUAGACCCGAAGACCAAGCGGUCAUGGAUGUCAGCAAGUUCCGCUGCCGUCUCCGUCUCCUUCUUCUACGAUUCUUCAAGGAACCUCUACCGCAUCAUCAGCGUUGAGGGGACGAAGGCGGUGAUAAACAGCACGAUAACAGCGAAUAUGACGUUCACGAAGACGUCGCAGAAGUUCGGCCAGUGGAGCGACGUGAGAGCCAACACUGUCUACGGUCUCGGGUUCGCUUCCGAGCCCGAGCUUGGCAAGUUCAUAGAAAAAUUCCAAGAAGUGAAAGAGGCGAUCCAAGCGCAGCAAUGCGGGGCUACUGGUGGCAAAUCAGUGACGAAUGGCAACAGUGGCGCUGCUACUCCAGUGGCCAGUGCUACUGCUAGCCCGCUGUUGGCUGGCAGGGCUACUGGGGCUGAUGAACCGCCUCCGGCCGUGUCACCGGCACAGGCUUUGCCCAAACCAGAGCCCGAAGAUAUGGCAGUACAUCAGAGAGCGCACUCAGUAUCUUCCACUCUUCAGGGUGGGUACGCCACAGUGGGGCGGGCGCCGCGCGGACCUCUCGCGUCGGCCGGCGCGCCCGCGGUCAUCGACCCGCCGCCCGCCGACUCGGAGCAACAGUUGCGCUACGAGAACGAUCGCCUCAAGCUCGCGCUCGCACAGAGCUCAGCGAACGCCAAGAAAUGGGAAGUCGAACUGGCCACCCUGAAGAGCAAUAACCUCCGCCUAACCGCCGCCCUACAGGAGAGCACCGCUAACGUGGACGAGUGGAAGCGGCAGCUGCACCAGUACAGGGAGGAGGUGGCGCGCGCCAGACACUACGCUGGUAAAGGCGCAGAAGCUAACGAAGUGGAACAACUUCGGCAGCGCGUUGCGCAGCUCGAAGCAGAGUUAGCGCAGAAGAACGAAGAGUUGGCGCAGAUUACCAAGUCUAAGAAGAGCGAGCAGGACGCAGAAGCGAAACUGGCUCAAAGCCAGUUGGAGUUAGCAUUGGCCGCGCAAGACGGACAGCGGCAAGUUAUACAAGCAUUGAACGAUCAACUGGCGAGGCAGCUAGAUGAGCUGAGCACGAUCCACCGCGAGAUCAACUCAGCCCUACAGACAUGAGACGCGGCCCCCGCCUGCUCCACCGGCGGCGCCGCUAACACCACCAAUACUACAGCAGCGGGUUCCCGGUCGCGGCGGCUGCCGCUGCUGCUGCGGACGGCGCCGGACGCGUACGUGACGGUGAAGGCCAAGAAAUGAAGAGUGCUCUCGGUAUUUCGCAAGGUGCACGAGUUUUUUUAAUUUCUUCAACGUUGGUAGUGUCGGUUGUUGUUUUUCUGUAGUUUCUGUAGUAUUUGUACUAUGAUAUCAAUGUGUGGUAGGGAUGGUCGUAUUUGAUAUUGAGUUGUCGAUAUUUUUGUGUCGAUUGAUGAUUUCCUUAGUUUUUAAAAGUGCAGAAGUUAUUUAAAGUAGGAAUUCCAAGUAUUAAAAUUAAGUUCUAAUUAGGAUCACUACCAGUCUAUAAUGUUUGUUCAAUCAGUUACAUAAAGUUAGUUAUUCUACUUCACAUUGAUAUCAUCACAGAUUUUUGUAAUGUUACUAAAUUCAGCUUAUUUGGUUGGGUUUCAGAUAUUGUAAAAUUUCAAUUGGUUUAUUACUUUCACAAUUUGUAAAUCUUGGUCGGAGAAGAUAAUUAUGUUAUAAAAUUAAUUGAAAUACUGUCUGUAUAAGUAUUUCAAAUUAAAUGUUUUAAACCAUGAAGUAGUUGCUAUAAAAUUGACUAAUAACAUUAAUGUCUCACAUUCUUUUUACCAACUACUUCAUAAGGUGAAUUUAAAUUGUUCUACUUGAAAUGCAAUCAAAUUGCAAUUUUAAUACUUAUGGUGCGAACAACCGACACUUUUCCUUCGACGUUAGUUCAUCGAUAACUUAUUUAUUGUUAGGGCACAUCACUAGCAUUGGUUUCAACUGAAAGUAUUAUAAACAAUACGGUAUUGAUUUCUUGUCAUUACGAUGUCAUCACAGUUUGAUUAGGAACACAAGUGGACAAGUUGUUAAUCUAUGUAUUGAACCCAUUAAAAGGUUAUUGAAUCAUUGUAUAAAAUUCAAGAGAAAGAACAGUUAAUUUCAGCAGUUAAAACAUCAGUAGAAUUUGGUUUCAUACACCACCAUAUUAUGUUAAGUGUUUUCUCGACUCGCGCCUUUAAAUAAACUGUUCUUUUUCUAAGUCAUGUAACACCCGAUCUCACUAACUGUGGUAUUAACUCAUUUCGUUAAAUAUUUCAUUGUAUUCAUACGGCAAUGGUGCCUCAUUCCCAUAUCGCUACUAAGCGAUUAUAAAUUUUAUCGAUAUCGAUAGUGUCUUUUAAGAGUAUUGUAUCGAAACGAUUACAUCGAUAUUAGAGCUGUAUGCACUAUAAUCCGAAUUGAAGUUUAUGGCAAAAUAAAUCGGUAUUUCCAAUGUCAUGUAACACAAAUUUGUUCCAACAAGUAAAUUCUUAACGAACUCUGUUCGGUAAAGUUUAAGUAACUAAAUAAAGUGGUUUGUUUCAAACGAGCGCUUCAAGUUAAGGCUAACGAUGUAUGAAAUUAUAUGACGUCAUACAUAUUACUUAUUAAUGAAGUUGUUUCACGGUUUUGAAGAUGAACGAGCGCUUUUAAAGUUUAUAUAUCCGUGACGUCACAAGGGCUUUGUAAAGUUACUUGGAUUUCAUUCAAUUAUAAUUAACAACGUUGAAAUAUCAUGUGGAUGGAAUUUUUCAUGCUUAUUAUGUCCGAUAUGCAUUUUACAAUCAUUUGAUAUAAAAAAGUUGUACAGCUUUGUAAUUCAUUUUAAUUUUCGAUACUGUUUUCCCACAAUACCACUGCCAAGUAUUCAUAACAAUUGCCGAACUUAAAACUGAAAAUUCUAACGGUGCUUCAGUAAUCAAUGUUUUGACUAUUGGAUUUUACCAUAGUAAAUAUUCCGCAUUUAUAUGUGAUGUAUUCCACUAAUCAAUAUCUAUAUAUCUAUAAAUGAAAUAAAAAAUACCGAUACUCCUUGUUAGAAAACGUGAGAACGUCUCGUUUCAAAGGAAAUGUUAGUAUGACACUCCAUUUGUUACAUACUCUAUGUUUAAAAUCACAAUCACCUCUUAGAUAUAAAUAUUUGACAAGUAUCAACCACGUUUAUGUCCAUCAUAAAUGAUUAUUGAUAGUUUUGAGUCAAUUCGAGUCAGUGAUGUCGACCCACCCUUAUCUAAAUGUAAAUACGUUCGAAAAUCGUGUGACCCCACGAUUCAAUGCCAAAAAUAACUAAUUUUAUUAUUAAAAUUAAUGUAUAUUUUAAAAGUAGAUUUUUAAUAUUAUAUUAUUGUGUAAGAAAAACUGGUUGCACGGUGAAAUACCGAAUUAAAAGUAUAUAAUGAGAAUAUGUGACUCUUGGUUUCGAUAUUCGCCUGAUAUAUUAUGAUAUAGUCGACAGGCAGUGCCAUGUCCUAGUGUAUGUGUGUAUAUUGAAAUACUCCCUAAUUAAUAUAAUAUCGAAAUAUAUAAAACAGUCGGCUAACAUAUUGCCUCCCAGUCCCUUUCGAUCCCCUUACACUUCAAGCUGACGUGAUUGGGCAUCGUUAAAGGGAUUUUAAAAACAAUGAAUAAUAAAGCUUCGAUUUAAAAGUUUUUUGAACGCGUUAAAUUUAAAUAAAUAUUGCGUAGUAUGUAAGAGUAUGUAUUUUACAGAUAUAUGUAAUGUUUACUUACCCAACGACACUCUUGUUUCGAUCUGUGAGCCAUUUCAUUUCGUGUAAUGUGCAUUUCUUUCGUCUCGAAUACAUUUUCCAAUAUUGUUAUAAUAUGUUAAGGUUGAUAUUUUGAGUGUUCUGACUGAAGGUUUAUGUUCUAACAGCUUUAUGUAAAAAUAUGAUUCAUUUUUUACCAGUCAAAUAAUAAAAAAAAAACUGGUAAGUUAAAGUGACUAAAUGUUGGCAAUUUUUCUUCUAAACGUGGUCUUCAGUCAGAACAUAAGUUCAAUAAAUAUUCCUACGAUACAUUAGACUUACGAAACAUUUCCGUUUAACUUUCCUACUGUGUAGGUGUAUUCUAUUACUAAAAUAAUAUUAAACGAUAAUUAUUAUUAUAUUGUAACGUAAAAUUCCAAUCUUGAUGAUUUUUAAUUAAUAUAUUAAAUAUAUUCAUCCUUAGGUGAUAAGGUUUCGUGGUUCGCGCAAAAUUAUUUUGUAAUUUGUUAUUCGAUAAGUAUUACUGGAAAAUACCGAUAUACGCGUUCACUUAGAAUUUCAAUUAAUAUAAAGUUAUUAAAAAACUUUUUUGAAGCUGUCCAAAGUCAGAGCUUUGUAAUGAAAUGACUCGUACAAAAUAAUUUUGCGGGAUUCAUACUAUGUAUGAAGAAAUAAUAGAUAAAAAAUUGUCACCAGUAUCCGUCUAACUCCCAAACGUUGACGUAGAACUUAAUUUCGACUUUAUUUCCAUUUGAUUAAGUUUGACAUUUGUUUGAAAACCCUGUAAUUCAUAGAUCCCUUAGCAAAUUAGUGAUUACACUUUGGCAGAUAAUAUUUUCUGUGAUUUUGUCAAGUUAAAUCGUUAUUUUAGAAUAUCUUUGUUAAUAUUGUAUCAUAAUAUUUUAUCUUAAAAUCUUUAUUUUCUUAUAUCAAAUUGUAUUUUAAUACGUAUCCUUGUGUUCAUAGUUUUUAUUUAUAGGAAAGAAGUAAUAAUUUUAUGUUAUUACAAUAAUUACAGAAGAACAUUAUCUGUCAAAAACCUUGAAAAAAAAAUUGAAAACAAAAUGAUAUCAUUAAAAAGGCUGAGGACACAAUUUUUAAGAUAUACAAUGUCUUCUAAACAGGGUAAAUUUCAUUUACUGUUGCGUGGAUUUUUAAAUAGUGAUCGUUGUUAUUCGAUUUUUACUCUCGACAUACACUUUCCGUAGAUCUUUACAAUUUGUUCCCUUAUCGGUAGGUCUAUCGAACAAUAUAUUAUACUCUCUACUCCACUCUUACCUUACGUUCUCUUGUACACUACAUGAACAAUUUAUUAUUUCAUAGUUAAAUAAAUACAUAGCUAUAGUAGGAAAUAAUGUUUAUAGACACAGUAUUUAUUUGUACAUGUAAAGAAAAAAAUCUGUUUAUCAAAUAGAUAAAAAUUUAGUAGUACUGAAUGAUCUGUUGGAUUAUAAGAAAUGUAAUAUAAAAUUAGAUAAUGUUUAAGUGUUAUUCCCUUUUAAUUUGUAAACCGAAGAUGUUAAGUGUGACUACAUAUAAAUAACAUUUAUAGUAUAGAUAGUUAUAUGUACUAUAUCAUAGUCGUUACAAUAGAUGAGAUUAUCAUUUUAAAUGUAUCUGGGCUGGGAGAUGACAUUUUUUGUUUUUCUAGUGGUCUGUUAUUUCGGCCCGAACUGUACCCACCGAGUACCACGUGGUGUGCCAAUUGUUUUUGCCAGGAAGUGUAAUAAAUAGUCUUUAAUGCCUAAUGAUCGACAUAGACAAUCGUUUUACUUUUGAAUCCGCCAUCUUGUUGUCGUUCAAAAAGGUAAAUUGAAAGAGUUUUGUCUCGAGUCGCAAGUAUCGGCCACUUGAUAUUGUUGUAUUGUAAUCGCAUUAAUUAUAGUUUUAAUUGUAAUUUAUUCAAUAUAAAUUGUUAUAGUCUGCGUUGCAUUUGUUGGAAUAAUAUUUUUUUUUAACAAAAAAUCUCGGAAAAGUCCUGCAAAAAUAAUAAUCUUCGUAAUCCUGCGUCAUCGUUCGUAAUAAUUGCAUUUUUUUUAUUCUCAGAGUCGUCUCGAAUGUAUUUAUCUAUUUAAUAUAUUUACCAAAUAUAAUAAAUUCAAAAUUCAUUAUUGGUACUACAUUAUAUUGUCCUCAAUCGCCACAAGAGGGUGCUAGUUUACCCCAUUAAUAUGGGUUGAUCUCAAGAACGUUUUAAAACCCAAACAAAGUAGCUAGCACGUAGAAUGUAGGUACACGGGUGUUGCAAUAAUCUCUUUUAAUGAAGUAUUCGAAUAUCGAAUUUAGUCACAUCAUUAUAAAAUACAAAUUAAAGUGACAAAUGUCUCCAUCUGUUUGGUAAUGCAAAUUGAACUUUAUAUAACAGAGUUAAGGUUUAAAAUGUUUUAUCGGCUGGUGUUUUUGUUUGUCAAAUGCAGCGCAGACUUGGUAUGUGUACUACGUUAUAUCUUCCAUUAGAAGCGUAGUCGCUGUGAGCUGAGUAUGCAUAUUAAACAAUAAAUAAAUACAAUAUGGAUUUCAA